CCGCAGCUGCCAUGAUUGAAGUGGUGGCAGAGCUGAGCCGCGGUCCUGUGUUUCUGGCGGGAGAGGCGCUGGAAUGUAUGGUGACCGUCACCAACCCGCUGCCCGCCACGGCCACGUCCGCAUCCAGUGAGGCUCUGGCCUGGGCCAGCGCCCAGAUCCACUGCCAGUUCCAUGCCAGCGAGAGCCGGGUAGCGCUGCCGCCCCCUGACUCCAGUCAGCCGGAGGUCCAGCCGGAGAGCCAGACUGUCUUUCUCCCUCACCGAGGAGAGAGGGGGCAGUGUAUCCUUUCUACCCCACCGAAAAUCCUGUUCUGUGACUUGAGGCUAGAGCCUGGAGAGUCCAAAUCCUACGCCUACAGCGAAGUGCUGCCCAGAGAGGGACCCCCCUCCUUUCGGGGUCAGUCAGUCAAGUACGUCUACAAACUGACCAUCGGCUGCCAGCGUGUCAACUCCCCCAUCACCCUACUCAGGGUCCCUUUGCGGGUUCUGGUGCUGACUGGUCUUCAGGAUGUACGCUUUCCCCAGGAUGAGGUGGUCGCCCCAUCCAGUCCCUUCCUGGAGGAGGAUGAAGGUGGAAAGAAGGGUUCCUGGCUAGCUGAGCUGGCUGGCGAGCACCUCAUGGCUGCCACAUCUUACCGCAGCCUCCAUCUGUAUAACAUCAGUGAUGGUCGAGGGAAGGUUGGGACGUUUGGCAUCUUCAAAUCUGUGUACAGACUUGGCGAGGACGUGGUGGGGACUUUAAAUUUAGGGGAAGGAACUGUAGCUUGCUUGCAGUUUUCAGUAAGCUUACAGACUGAGGAGCGGGUACAGCCCGAGUACCAACGCCGUCGCGGGGCAGGGGGCGUCCCUUCUGUGUCCCACGUGACUCACGCCCGGCACCAGGAGUCCUGCCUGCACACGACCAGAACCAGCUUCUCCCUCCCCAUCCCUCUCAGCUCCACCCCAGGCUUCUUCACAGCAGUUGUGUCCCUGAAGUGGCGAUUGCAUUUUGAGUUUGUCACGUCCCGAGAACCAGGUUUGGGGCUGCUGCCCCCCCUGGAACAGCCUGAGGCUGUCACCUGGACGGGGCCUGAGCAAGUCCCCGUGGACACCUUCAGCUGGGACCUCCCUAUCAAGGUGCUGCCCACGAGUCCCACCCUGGCCUCAUAUGCUGCCCCCGGCCCCAGCACCAGCACCAUAACCAUCUGAAACUGGCCCAGCUGCCCACGUGUCUUCAGAGUUCUGAGAAGCCGGCUCCUGGACGCCAGUAGGACAUGCCUUUCCCACCCGGGGCCCUGGGGCCUGGACAGUGAGAGGCAGGCUGUGAGCUGUGGCAUUAAUUUAUUUUUUCAGAAUAAACCAGCACCUGCUAGUGGUUUCCCUGGAAGUGGCAGCAGCAGUGGGCAG